CCAAAAUGGCCGACUUCGAGGAGCGGGUGUCGGACGAGGAGAAGGUGCGCAUAGCUGCAAAAUUCAUCACUCACGCACCCCCUGGAGAAUUUAAUGAAGUUUUCAAUGAUGUCAGAUUAUUGCUUAGCAAUGACAAUCUUCUCAGGGAAGGAGCCGCACAUGCGUUUGCACAGUAUAACAUGGAUCAGUUCACUCCGGUGAAGAUAGAAGGAUAUGAUGAUCAGGUCUUAAUCACAGAGCAUGGUGAUCUGGGAAAUGGCAGAUUUUUAGACCCAAGAAACAAACUUUCUUUUAAGUUUGAUCAUUUAAGGAAAGAAGCAAGUGACCCCCAGCCUGAGGACACAGAAGCAGCUUUAAAACCAUGGAGAGAUGCCUGUGACAGUGCAUUAAGAGCAUAUGUGAAAGAUCAUUACCCCAAUGGCUUCUGUACUGUUUAUGGUAAAUCUAUAGAUGGUCAGCAGACAAUUAUUGCCUGUAUUGAGAGCCACCAGUUCCAGCCCAAAAACUUUUGGAAUGGUCGCUGGAGGUCAGAGUGGAAGUUUACCAUCACACCACCCACAGCUCAGGUGGCUGCUGUGCUCAAGAUCCAGGUUCAUUAUUAUGAAGAUGGUAAUGUUCAACUGGUUAGUCAUAAAGAUAUCCAGGACUCCAUACAAGUUUCAAGUGAUGUCCAGACAGCUAAGGAAUUCAUUAAGAUAAUAGAAAAUGCAGAAAAUGAGUACCAGACAGCCAUCAGUGAGAACUACCAGACCAUGUCAGACACCACGUUCAAGGCCUUACGCCGGCAGCUGCCUGUCACCCGCACCAAGAUCGACUGGAACAAGAUCCUCAGCUACAAGAUUGGCAAAGAAAUGCAGAAUGCUUAAUGCAUAAAAUGAGAUUUAUUGGAUGUUUGUGUGCAAAAAGAACACAAAAAGAAAUGUGAUCUUAUGCCAAGUAGAUGGUUUCUAAACCAAUGCAGCAUUUUUCUAGGGCUUUCAAAGUUAACAAGUUUUCUAGCCUCAGAGAGAACUGUGGAACAAAUAGCAGUGUCUGUGGCUUGUGUUCCCUGCCAUAUAAACUUCCUUUUGUGACUGCAUUUACUGGUAGGUCAUUUUAAUUAAGCCACAUUCAUGUUUCAGAAAUACAGCUGUUUUCAGUCAUUAUAACUGGUUGGAAAACUUCCUAGCUCCAAAAGCCCUACAACAAGUCCAGCCGAGGGUGCAGAGCAUUCCCUGCACCCACAUCCAGCACUCCAGGUACUCCCGUAAGUUUGUUGAUUCUGCCAACAGCUCAAGGCACUCUGCUGCAAGACGUAAUAAAUGCAAAAGACAGUAAGUUCUCCCACGUAUCCUUACUACUGACCUCCACAAAGCAAAAAGCCUGUAG